UUUACAUUGGACGUAGAACGUAACGUAGACAUAGACGUAGACGUAGACGCAGACGUAGAAAUUCUUUGUGGUUUACAUUGAAGUACUUUUCAGUAUGUGAUCGUGGUCCUUAUAACCAAUCACAGAGCUGCAUCCUUAACCUUACUUUUAUUUCGAAAGUUUAGUGUUUGUUUUGCGAGUAUCAGUGAUUGUAUUUUCGAAUACGAAGUAAAAAGAUGAGCGAAGAAUUAGAUCGUUUGUUAAUUUUAAUGGUGGAGAGUAAUCCUCAUUUAUACGAUAAAAAAUUACCGGGUUUUAAAGACAAGGUACUUUGCAAUAAUUCAUGGAAGUCUAUUGGCGAUCGAUUGAAUGUCAGCUCGGAAGAUGCUAUGCGACGUUGGAAAGUUCUAAGAAAACGUUUCAGCAAGGUUAGGAGACAAAAAGCAAACAUUCCUUCUGGGUCUGGUGCAUCGUCAGAAAACCAGGAAACUGAAUGGUCUUUAUAUAAUACCCUACUAUUUUUACAACCCCAUGUACAAAAUAGAAAGUCAAUUGGUAACUUAGCAUUGAAUGCCAGUCAGAAGAAUAAAUUUUCAGACGAUAUUCUUUAUGUCGAUGAGAACUCACCAGAAACUCAGUUAGAUGUAUUGGACGAAUCAGUAGAAUGCAUAGAUAAAGAUGUUCGCAACUACCUGUUAAAUAUAGAAAAGGAAACAGGGGACGACGGAACUUCGAAAUGUACCGAAAAAUUGAAUUUCAAUAAGAAACGACCAUUGUUGGAGAUAGAAAAUCAACAAAAGAAGAAAAAAAAAACCUCAACCUUUACCUCCUGA